UACCCAAUCCUGUAACAUAAUCAGUUUGUUUAUGCUUUCUAUAAGCAUGUAGAAAACUACCGAGGUUUGCAGCGGUGUGUCAUAAGCAGCGGUCUUGUCGGUGCAUACCUCAUUAGUACUUUCUAACGCUGCAGCCGCUCAGCUCGACUCUGGGGCUGCAUACAUACUUGCGCGGUGUGCUGUGUGUUGUCUUGAGUUUUUAAAAGUGAAAUACUUUGGACGCGAAAAAAUAAUAUAAACAUAAAAUAAAAAGAAACUCGGAACUGGUUCAGUGUUCACAUUUGCCAUAUUAUUGCUUUUCCCUGGAUUCUAACAGCUCGUUUUGUGAACGCAUGGUAAGAGUGGACCAUGGCCUUUCUAAGCACUGCUGUCCGCAGUGCUGUCUGCUUUUGGCCGGUCCAGAGCGCUGCCCGCUCCACCACCUCCCGCUGGUACUGCAGUGCAGCGGGACAGACCACAGAGAAGAGCGUCCCGUACGCCAAGACCUUGAAAGAGGAAACCGGCAAAACCAGCGGCCCUACCAAGCCUCUUCCCAAAUCAGCAGAUGCAGUUGUGAUUGGAGGAGGUAGCCUAGGCUGCCAGACAGUGUAUCACCUGGCUAAAAUGGGCAUGACUAACGUGGUACUCCUAGAGAGGGACCGCCUGACUGCUGGGACCACCUGGCACACAGCGGGUCUGUUAUGGCAGCUGCGGCCUAGCGAUGUAGAGGUGGAGCUGCUGGCCCACACUCGGCAGGUAGUGAGCAGUGACCUAGAGCAGGAAACGGGCCUCCACACAGGCUGGAUCCAGAACGGGGGGCUCUUCAUCGCCUCCAACAAGCAGAGACUGGAUGAGUACAAGCGCCUCAUGACGCUAGGGAAGGUGUAUGGGAUUGAAUCCUAUGUGCUGUCUCCCGCUGAGACGAAGGAUUUGUACCCACUGAUGAAUGUGGAAGACCUGUACGGGACUCUGUAUGUUCCCAAGGAUGGCACCAUGGACCCAGCUGGAACCUGCACCACCCUGGCCAGGGCUGCCACUGCAAGGGGGGCUACCGUAAUUGAGAACUGUCCUGUAACGGGAGUCCAGGUCCAGACAGAUGAUUUUGGGGUGAAAAGAGUGAAGGCAGUUGAGACUGAGUACGGCACUAUCCACACACCCUGUGUGGUAAACUGUGGAGGCGUGUGGGCGCAGAGGCUGGGCAGGAUGGCUGGAGUGAAGGUGCCGCUCAUCGCCAUGCACCACGCCUACGUGGUGACGGAGAGGAUAGAGGGGAUCCAGAACAUGCCUAAUGUACGGGACCAUGAUGCCUCUGUGUACCUGCGUCUCCAAGGCGAUGCUCUCUCUGUGGGAGGCUAUGAGUCUAACCCGAUCUUCUGGGAUGAGGUUUCCGACCGCUUUGCAUUCAGUCUGUUUGAUCUGAACUGGGAUGUCUUCACUCAGCACAUAGAGGGAGCCAUCAACCGUGUUCCUGCACUGGAGAGAACCGGUAUUAAAUCUACCGUCUGCGGGCCAGAAUCUUUCACGGCUGACCACAAGCCCCUCAUGGGAGAGGCCCCGGAGGUGCGAGGGUUCUUCUUGGGGUGUGGAUUCAACAGUGCAGGGAUGAUGCUUGGAGGAGGCUGUGGAAAGGAGCUUGCACACUGGAUAAUCCAUGGCCGUCCAGAGAAGGAUAUGUAUGGCUACGACAUCAGGAGAUUCCAUCACUCUCUGACUGAUAAUAACCACUGGAUUCGGGAGCGGAGCCAUGAAUCCUAUGCCAAAAACUACUCUGUGGUGUUUCCAUUUGAUGAGCCCCUGGCCAGUAGGAAUAUGAGGAGGGACCCCCUGCACGAGGAGCUGGAGAAGCAGGGCUGUGUGUUUCAGGAGAGGCACGGCUGGGAGCGUCCAGGGUGGUUCAGUCAGGAAGGCCCUGCACCGGUCUUGGACUAUGAUUACUAUGGGGCCUAUGAUUCCUCCCGACACACUGAUUACAGGUACAACAAGCUGCUUGGGAGAGAGUACACCUUCGACUUCCCACCACAUCAUGACAUUAUAAAGAGCGACUGCUUGACAUGCAGGCAUGCUGUGGCAGUGUUUAACAUGUCUUAUUUCGGCAAGUUCUACCUGGUGGGAACUGAUGCUAAAAAGGCAGCGGACUGGCUGUUCACAGCAGAUCUGAAUAAGCCACUUGGUACAACUGUCUACACCUGCAUGUUGAAUAAGAAGGGUGGGACUGAGAGUGACCUUACAGUGAGCCGCAUCGAACCUGGACCAAAAAGCUCUGUGCUGGCACCUGCUUUCGAAGGCGAUGGCUACUACCUGGCAAUAGGGGGCGCUGUGGCGCAGCACAACUGGUCACACAUAACCACUGUACUGCAGGAUAAGAAGUUCAAGUGCGAGCUCGUGGACUGCUCUGAGGAUAUGGGCAUGAUCAGCAUUCAGGGACCACAGAGCCGCUCUGUGCUACAGGAGGUCCUGGACACUGACCUGAGUAACGAGGCGUUCCCUUUCUCUACCCACAAGAUAGUGAAGGCAGCCGGCCACGAAGUGCGUGCCAUGCGUCUGUCCUUCGUGGGUGAGAUGGGCUGGGAGCUGCACACACCUAGAGAGGCCUGUGUUCCUGUGUAUCAAGCAGUGAUGGAGGCUGGGGCCAAGCAUGGGAUAUGCAAUGCCGGCUACAGAGCUAUUGACUCCCUCAGCAUUGAGAAAGGGUACCGGCACUGGCACGCUGACCUACGCCCUGACGAUUCCCCGCUGCAGGCCGGCCUUGCCUUCACCUGCAAGCUGAAAGGGAACACUCCCUUCCUGGGGCGAGAGGCUCUGGAGGCACAGAAGGCUCAAGGACUGCGACGCCGCCUUGUCUGCUUCACCAUUGAUGAGAAAGUGCCUAUGUUUGGACUAGAGGCCAUCUUCAGGAAUGGAAAGCCAGUCGGUCACCUGCGUAGAGCAGACUUUGGAUUUGCCAUUGACAAGACCAUCGGCUACGGCUACAUUAGGGACCCCGAAGGCGGGACAGUCAGUCCUGAUUUUGUGAGAAGUGGGGAGUUUACACUGGAGAGGAUGGGAAUAGUUUAUGCUGCCAAAGCCCACCUGAAGUCCCCCUUCGAUCCUGACAACAAGAGGGUGAAGGGGAUCUACUGAACUCUCCAGUGACCUGCCCUGGAAAGAUGUGCAGCUGUGAAUGCCUCGAUGCCCCCUCUCCUACAGCGGACUGGGCUAUGGCCACUGAGGACCCUUGCUGCUCCUGAACCAGGAAGAAGUAUCUUUCCCAAUCCCCAGUCUCUCCAAGGGUUCCUCCCAGUUGUUCAGUGGAUACCACUUUAUUUCAAGUGUCCUUGGUGUUGAAGCGAGACAGCAUGAGGUUGUCUCAGUACAAAUACACACACCUUGAAGUUUGUUAUUCUGCUUAUAAAAUGAACUAUUUAAAAGAAUGUUAGUGUGAUGAAGCAUUUAAGAUGCAGACCUGUGUGAAUUGUACUGAAACAUUUGCAUGGUUUGGAAUCCUUUCCGGCAAAUCAAAGUGACAGCUUUAUCCAGGCUAUUUUAUAAACUGGAAUAACACUUGACUAUGCUAAACUGCACAACUGCAUAUAUGAUUACAGUGCGAGUAAUGCCACUUAACAAUGUGUUAGCACUUAAUUGCCUCUUAAAUAAUGUUUCUAUGAACAUCUGUUUCUCUCUCAAAAACCAUUGUUAACUUUACUGCAGUUUAUAUUUAUCAACCUGUUGAAAUGAAAGUGUAUUUAUAAUCUGAAUAACUGAAGAAUCAAAUAUUAUUUACAGAGGUAGUGCGGUCCAAGUGUUAAUUGUUUUAGUGAGAUGUCACCCAGCAAUCAUGUAGUAACUUUACAAUUGAUUUAGUUUAAAAAAUCCAUCAUGUACUUUAGAAUAAAAUAUAAUCAGCUCAUAGCUAUAAAUUUAUAUACAAACCAGCAAAAAUAGUGCUGGUACCAUGGGGAACUUGUGAAUCCCAUGAGAAACAUAUAUAUAAAUCUAUACCUAUAUGAAGCUGGGUCUUCGGAGCACAGAGGAUAAUAAUAAUAAUAAUAAUAAUAAUAAUAAUAAUAAUGUACCAGGAUGUGUAGUUUGGAGAUUAGCCUUGGUCAGGGUUGUAUAACCUGUGUAUUUCAGUUUCUCACAUUAUCUAUAAGUAAACCUUUUCUUCAAUCUAUUGCUUCUCUUAGUGCUUCAUCCCUAUUCCCCCUAGACUCCACUAUAAGCAUCAGGCCUGAUACGAAAGACUGCUGCGAUAGAGCUGAUCAUGUUCCGAUUCUGUUAUGAAUUGUGUGACAAAUAAACACCAUGUCUAAG